AUGGCGAGCCCUGCAAACCUUCCCCCGAUCUUCAGCCCGACAUCCCAGGACAUUGAGAUGCUCCUGGCGGCACAAUGUCAUUUGGGCUCCAAGAACUUGCAAGUUCACAUGGAACCAUACCUGUGGAAGACUCGCCCUGACGGUGUCAAUGUCAUCAACAUCUCCAAGACCUGGGAGAAAAUUGUCCUCGCAGCUCGCAUCAUUGCUGCAAUCGACAACCCGGCCGAUAUCUGUGUCGUCUCCGCCCGUCCCUACGGUCAACGUGCUGUCCUCAAAUUCGCUGCUCACACCGGCGCCGUCGCCAUUGCUGGCCGUUUCACCCCCGGUAACUUUACCAAUUACAUCACCAAAUCCUUCAAGGAACCUCGCCUGAUUAUCGUGACCGAUCCCCGCACCGACGCUCAAGCCAUCAAGGAGGCAUCCUAUGUCAACAUCCCUGUCAUCGCUCUCUGCGACACCGACUCUCCUACCGAGUUCGUCGAUGUUGCUAUUCCUACCAACAACAAGGGUCGUCACGCCAUUGGUCUGAUUUGGUAUCUGUUGGCUCGUGAGGUCCUCCGUCUCCGAGGCACCCUUGCCAACCGUGAGGUCGAGUGGGAUGUUGUGGUCGAUCUUUACUUCUACCGUGAUCCUGAAGCCGAGGAACAAAAGGAGGAGGAGAAGUUGCCAGGCGCCGAGGAAGCUGGUCCGGCUGCGGUCGACCGUGGAUUCACAGACAAUGCGGACUGGCAAGGAGAGCCUGCUGCUGCUGCUGCUGCUGCUGCUGCUGCUCCCGGUAUCGAGGGUGCUCCUCAGGCCGAUGCCACCUGGAACGACCCUGGCACUGGUGGCGGUGACUGGGCCCAAGAGGCUGCUACCACUGGCGCUAGCGGUUGGUAA